AUGGAGCAGCAGCGACUCGAGAAAACAGCACAACAACAGGACCAUGAAACCGAAGAGAUUCAACACGGUCCUUUACCCGUCGAAAACCUUCAGACAUCUGGUAUAGCUGCACUUGAUGUCAAGAAGCUUAAAGAUGCGGGUAUUUGUACUGUUGAAUCUGUUGCUUAUACUCCCAGGAAGGAUCUUUUGCAAAUCAAAGGUAUCAGUGAAGCCAAGGUUGAUAAGAUCAUUGAAGCAGCUUCUAAGCUGGUGCCUAUGGGUUUUACUAGUGCUAGUGAGCUCCAUGCCCAGCGAGAAUCGAUUAUUCAGAUAACCACUGGGUCAAGAGAGCUUGACAAGAUAUUAGAAGGUGGAAUUGAGACGGGUUCUAUCACUGAAUUGUAUGGUGAAUUUAGAUCUGGGAAGACUCAGUUGUGUCACACUCUCUGUGUCACUUGCCAAUUGCCACUAGAUCAAGGAGGAGGUGAGGGUAAAGCUAUGUACAUAGAUGCUGAGGGAACAUUUCGGCCUCAGCGACUCUUACAGAUAGCAGACAGGUUUGGACUGAAUGGUGCUGAUGUAUUGGAAAAUGUCGCUUAUGCUAGGGCGUAUAACACGGAUCAUCAAUCACGGCUUCUGCUUGAAGCAGCUUCAAUGAUGGUUGAUACAAGGUUUGCUCUAAUGAUAAUAGACAGUGCUACUGCUCUCUAUAGGACAGAUUUUUCCGGAAGAGGGGAGCUUUCAGCCCGCCAAAUGCAUUUAGCGAAGUUCCUGAGAAGCCUUCAGAAGUUAGCAGACGAGUUCGGCGUGGCUGUUGUCUUAACAAACCAAGUAGUUUCACAAGUAGAUGGUUCUGCAAUGUUUGCUGGACCACAAACCAAACCUAUUGGAGGGAACAUUAUGGCUCAUGCAACCACAACAAGGUUAGCUCUCAGGAAAGGAAGAGGAGAAGAGCGAAUCUGUAAAGUGAUUAGUUCUCCUUGUUUGGCUGAAGCCGAAGCAAGAUUUCAGGUGUUAGGCGAAGGAGUUUCAGAUGUUAAAGACUAA